AUGGUAGGUUCAAGUUCGAUCACCCAAUGUUUAUCAACGAAUCAGUGCAAAUCUGGUGCUCAUAAAUGUCACUGGCUAGCUGCAUGCAUGGAUCUGCCAGACAGUGACCAUAAGCCAAGGUAUUCGUGCAAAUGUAAACCUGGCUAUGUUGGUAACGGUCAUUACUGUACAGAUGCCUGUGAGGGCCUCUGCCAUAAUGGAGCGACGUGCUUGAAAACGGGUCGAGGAGAGACCAGGUGCAUUUGCGAUCGUCAUCAUACUGGUAGAAGAUGCGAAACUCGGCUGUAA